AUGGGAGCUUUGGUAGAGUCCAACUGGAGAAUGAAGUCACUAUUAAGUAGUCCAGAAAGUUUGGGGAUGUGGGCUCAGGCCAAGACAAGUUCGGUCCAAAUCUGUGGGAACAGAACACUGUCUCCUGUAUCCCCAGAACUUAAAACGGUGAACAGUGUCUCUUUGGACUGGUUCACGGGACAGUUGUAUUGGGCAAGCAGCUUCGCAAGGGUCAUCUGUGCUGGUUUAAGUGAUGGCAGAGGCUACGUCAAAAUCUUGGAAAAGGAUCUGGUGCCAGAGCAGCUCAUCGUGUUUCCCACAAAGAAGUCCUUGUAUUGGGUAAAUCGUGGUGAGAAAGGCAUGAGAACUAUUGAGACUGCAGGGAUGGAUGGCUCGGAUAGGAAGGUGCUCGCAGCUGUAAACAUGGAGGAGCCUGUAGGACUGACACUCGACCACGUGACCGGCAGGCUCUACUGGAUCAGUGACUAUAAAGAGGUACUGGAAAUAGGUCCGGGAGAGAAGAUAAACCGUUAAACCUGGGUCUUGGUAUGACUGUGGGUAACUGCGAAGUUCUCUUUGGUCUUGCAUCGACACUGUGAAAUACUUCUGGCUGUGAAAACGGAGAGAAGCGAGCUAGGAUUGCACAGUAUCUUUAGGUAGAGUCUGAUGAUAUCAACAUAGGUUGGGAGACUUGGCGUGACUUCCUUUUUUUUUUUUCCUUAGGUUUAUUGAAAAGAGAGAGAGGGAAUGGGGAGGGGCAGAGAGAGUGGCGGAGAGAGAAUCCCAAGCAGGCUCCAUGCUCAGUGCGGUGUCUGAUGCAGGGCUUGGUCCCAUGACCGUGAGAUCACGAUCUGAGCUGAAAUCAAGAGUCACUUAACCAACUGAGCCACCCAGGUGCCCCUAUUGUGACUUUCUUAAAUACUGCAGUCAAACUUGGCACUGGUAGUAUAGGGCAUAUUCUGUGUCAUGCCUAGGAUGUAAAACCUUUUAAGAUGGCAGACCACCUCCUUGAAAUAACAUAGUUAAGUACUUAGUACUUACUUAUAUUCCUAUUUCGAGGUCUUAAUAUUACAGUUUGUGUAAUGUCAUUUUUGGAAGCAUCAAACUGACAGACCAAUAUGACACGGUGGCCAAAAGCAUAGGCUUAGGAGUCAUUUUUUUUUAGACGUCAAUUUUUUUUUUUUUUUAAGUAAUCUCAACACCCAGUGUGUGGCCCAAUCCUGAGAUCAAGAGUUUCAUGCUGUACCAACCGAGCCAGCCAGGUGCCCUGGGGAAUCAUAUUUUUAAGCCUAUCACAUCAGCUGUGAUUUUGGCAAUUUAUGGCACCUCUUUGGGCUCCCGUUGCCCUCUCUGAAAACAGCUAAAAUGUUUUUCUUCAAAAGACAAUCGGAAAAUGUAGGGAAAGAACUUGGCACAACGUUUGGAUGCAGACAAUGUGUUGUACAAGUAACUAUUGUAACUUAUCUGUGACCCGGUUUGUGC